UACACAGGCAGUCACAUUGGUUCAGUUCCAUAGGAAGAAAAUUAAAGGAUAGAUGAUAUGGGGGUGAAGCUGUCUAAGCAGCUAGGGGCUGACCCCAGCCCCACGACCACUUCGGUCCACAAGAGUCCGCCUCCAGGGGGUGGAGCUAACACGCCCAGGGGUAGCCCGCCCCCUAAUUUGAAACGCAGGCCAAGCAUAGGGAAGAGGUUGCGCAGUUCCUACAGAACCUGGGCAGCUUCAAGAUUAAAUAAACCUACAGCAGAACAGGUUGCAGUCUGCAGUGCCCCAGAGGAGAAGGAAACCCCAGUCUUAUCUAUACCAACUAUUCAGGUUGACAAUGUUGCUGAUGAGGAUUCAGUGAAUGGUGUAGUGGAGGAUGGCGAGGUUGAUAUUGCAGCUGUUGUUGCAGAACUAGUUGUUUCUAAACACAAGAGAAAAACUGCUUCAAGAGCACAUUCAAGGGAAAAUAUUACAGAUCAGGAUACUGCUCAGGAUAAUGUGGCUUCUCAAGAUCAAGAAUCAGCUACGGUGCAUCCAGUUGAUGCAGAGGAAGCAUCAACAGAAAAUGAAGCUGUACUAGAGAUUUCUGUCGAAGAGGUUGCUGCUGAAGAGGUUGCAGCAGAAGGGGUUGCUGUAGAAGAGGUUGCUGUAGAAGAAGAGGUUGUUGCAGAAGUGGUUUCUGUAGAAGUGGUUUCUGUAGAAGAGGUUGCUGUAGAAGAGGUUGAUACAGAAGAGGCUGUUGAAGAAGAGAUUGCUGUAGAAGAGGUUACUGUAGACGAUGUUGCUGUAAAUGAAGUUCCUGUAGAAGAGGUUGCUGGAGCAGAAAAUGCUGAAAAAGAUGUUGCUGUAGAAGAGGUUGCUGGAGAAGAGGUUGCUCGAGAAGAAGUGGCUGCAGAAGUGGUUGCUGAAGAAGAGGUUGCUGUAGAAGAGAUUGCUGUAGAAGAAGUUGCUGUAGAAGAGGUUGCUGGAGAAAAAGUUGCGGUAGAAGAUGUUUCUGUAGAAGAAGUUGCUGUAGAAGAAGUUGCUGUAACAGAGGUUGCUACAAAAGACGUUACUAUAGAAGAGGUUGCUAUAGAAGAGGUUGCUGUAAAAGAUGUUGCUGCACAAGAGGUUGCUGUACAAGACGUUGCUGCACAAGAGGUUGCUGCACAAGAUGUUGCUGCACAAGAGGUUGCUUCAGAAGAGGUUGCUGUACACGAGAUUAAUGCAGAAGAGGUUGCUGCAGAAGAGGUUACUUCAGAAGAGGUUGCUGCUGAAGAGGUUGCUUCAGAAGAUGUUGCUGCACAAGAGGUUGCUUCAGAAGAGGUUGUUACAAAAGAGAUUGCUGCAGAAGAGGUUGCUGCAGAAGAGGUUGCUGAAGAAAAGGUUGCUCCAGAAGAGGUUGCUGCAGAAAAAGUUGCUUCAGAAGAGGUGGCUCUAGAAGAGGUUGCUGUAGAAGAUGUUGCUGCACAAGAUGUUGCUCCAGAAGAGGUUGCUGCAGAGGAGGUUGCUGCAGAAGAGGUUGCUGCAGAAGAGGUUGCUACAGAAGAGGUUGCUUCAGAAGAGGUUUCUGUAGAAGUGGUUGCUGUAGAAGAGGUUGCUGUAGAAGAGGUUGCUGUAGAAGAGAUUGCUGUAGAAGAAGUUGCUGUAGAAGAGGUUGCUGGAGAAAAAGUUGCGGUAGAAGAUGUUUCUGCAGAAAAAGCUGCUGUAACAGAGGUUGCUGAAGAAGAAGUUGCUGUAGAAGAUGUUGCAGCAGAAGAGGUUGCUGGAGAAGAGGUUGCUGAAGAAGAGGUUGCUGGAGAUGAGGUUGCUGUAGAAGAGGUUGCUGUAGAAGAGGUUGCUGUAGAAGUGCUUGCUGUAGAAGAAGUUGCUGUAGAAGAGAUUGCUGUAGAAGAAGUUGCUGCAGAAAAGGUUGCUGGAGAAAAAGUUGCAGUAGAUGUUUCUGCAGAAGAAGUUGCUGUAACAGAGGUUGCUACAGAAGACAUUACUAAAGAAGAGGUUGCUGUGGAAGAUAUUGCUGGAGAAGAGGUUACUGCACAAGAGGUUGCUGCUGCACAAGAGGUUGCUUCAGAAGAGUUUGCUGUAGAAGAGGUUGCUGCAGAAGAGAUUGCUGCAGAAGAGGUUGCUACAGAAGAUGUUGCUGCACAAGAGGUUGCUGUAGAAGAGGUUGCUGCAGAAGAGGUUGCUUCAGAAGAGGUUGCUGUAGAAGAGGUUGCUGCAGAAGAGAUUGCUGCAGAAGAGGUUGCUACAGAAGAUGUUGCUGCACAAGAGGUUACUUCAGAAGAGGUUGCUGUAAAAGAGGUUGCUGCAGAAGAGGUUGCUUCAGAAGAGGUUGCUACAGAAGAGGUUGCUGCAGAAGAAAUUGCUGCAGAAGAGGUUCCUGCGGAAGAGAAUGCUGCAGAAAAGGUUGCUGUAGAAGUGGUCCCUGUAGAAGAGGUUGCUGUAGAAGAGUUUGCUGCAGAAGAGACUUAUAUUGAAGAGAUUGCUAUUAGAGAGAUUACUGUAGAAAAGGAUGCUGUAGAAGUUUUUCCUGUAGAAGAAGUUGCUGUAAAAGAGGUUGCUGUAAAAGAAGUUGCUGUAGAAGAGGUUGCUGUAGAAGAGUUUACUGUAGAAGAGGUUGUUGCAGAAGAGGUUGCUGUUAAAGAGGUUGCUGUAGAAGAGGUUGCUUUAGAAGAGGUUGCUGUAGAGGAGGCUGCUGUAGAGGAGGCUGCUGUAGAAGACGUUGCUGUACCAGAAGUUGCUGGAGCAUAUGAUGCCGUAACAGAGACUUCUGCUGAAAAUGAAAAUACUGACAAAGAUGAACUUGAUAUUAAAGAAGCUGUUAAUGAAGAAGGUACACUUAAUAAAUAUCCAACUGAGCAGGGCACUACUAAUAAAGUAGCUGUAGAGGUUGAAGCUGUACUUGAAAAUAUUGCAAAUGAAUUUGAAACUCAAACCUCUGAGAAUAUUCUUAUCAGGGACUCAACCAAAGAUGAGACCAAAGAUCAAUUAGCAGAAGCAGAGGAAACCAAAGAGCUACUUAUAGCCACUAACCAAAUAGUAAAUCAAGAAGAGAAUGCUGAUAUUUUUCAAACAGAGGUUUAUGAUGUGUCUGUUCCAGAUGAGGAAAUUAUUGAGGAUGAAAAAGCAGAACAAAAAGCUGUACUUAAAGAUUCAGUAGAGCUAGAGUCUGGGAGAAAUCAAGAAGAAGUUGUAAAAAUAAAAAUUGAAUCUUUUGCAAGAGAACAAGAAGCCAUUGCAGGUGAAGCAUUUAUGGCACACCUCAUACUUGAAGCUUUUGCACAAGAGCUGGAGAGAAGGGAAGAAAAAUCAACAGCAGUUAACAAGGAAGCUUCAAUAGAAGAAAUAGAAACCAAAGAUAUGGAAGAAGAAGACUCAAUGGAGGAUAUUGAUGUUGUGUUAGAAUUUUUAGAAGAACACAUUGAGACUAAUUUCAAAGAAUAUCCAGAUGCAACAGAGAGCUUUGAAAAUACAAAGACUGACAUAAUCAGGUUUAACUGUGAUCCCCCCAUUAUUUCAUCGCUGAAGUCAGUCGUGCAUGAUACAGAAAGGACAAAAGAACAGACAGAUCAGGAUUUGGUAAAGGAUGAGAAAAACCACAAAAGGGAAAAUGAGGACCAAGUUCCUAAAUCUCUUCCUAUUCCUACAAGUGAGGAAGUAGGCAAUGAGAGGACUGUGCAGAAGAAAGCUGUUCCCAGUAUUUUAUCAAGAUGUGAAACUGAGGAAACAUGCUACACUGCUUUAACUGAAGUCCUUGUAGAAUGUGCAGAGACAGAUUUUUAUCCUGAUCUGAUUGGAGAUGAGAUUAAUCCGAAAACUGAAAAUAGAAUCAACACCAUACAGAACCAUGAGCAAACAAUUGAUGAUUGUGAAACAGAGGAAGAUGACACUGAGAAUUUCUCUAUUGAUUACUCAAGCAUUGAUGAAGAUGUAGAAACUGGGAUUGACAUUUAUCCAAGUGGAAUUGCCUGUAGGAGUCCUGAAACCACCACUAACGAACCCAUUGAACCAGUAAAUAGUGUAAUAUCCCACAAUGCAUGGCUGGGAGAGAAAGAGAAAUCAGAUUGUCUGUCCGAGUUUUGGAACAAUGGUGAGAAGGAAUAUUUGCCUGAGUUUGAUACGUCAUGCGAGUAUUUUCCAAGCAAAGACAACCAUCUGUUUCAAUCAUACGCAUUAGACCUUUCUGAUGAAGAAUAUGAGGAUGAGGAUGAGGAUGAGGAUGAAGGAGAAUUAGAAUGCAAUGCUCAAAUAGAAAGAAGAUUUAGAAAAUACAGAAAUCUAGAAAGAUAUGAAUUCUUCGGAUCAAAGGGAACCUGGAUGCUUGAAGCACUUGAAGAGGUGGACGAGGAGGAAGAUGAGGACGAUGAAGAAGAUGAUUCAGAACAAGAAUUUGAAUCCAUCGUUACUGUGAAUCUUAACACUAAUGAUUAUGAUAAUAGUAAAAAAGAGCAAGAGAACCUGCUAAUCAACGAAAUUUUAAAUGAUUCCAUUCAAGAUGUUUCAUCUGUCAGCAGUGGGAUGUGUAGCCCGUUCACUCCCUUCUCUGGGCGCAGCGUAAGUUGUAAUGAUCUGCGUGGGAUGUCUGGUUCUGUGGAUAGUCUGGUGGUAUCAGAACGAGGUCUGAGUACUGAUGAAGGUCUAGAUGAAUGUGUUGAUGACUCUGAUGAACUUUAUCAGUCAGUAGUUGAAGUUAUGUUCAAGUAUAGAUUAGCAGCUUUUCCUAAACUUAAAGAACAAAGUGAAGCUUAGUUUAAAAUAGCUGAGGGUUGUAUAUUUUCAAAAAUUACCCACCCCCCCUUACAGGAAGAUGGUGAAAUGUGAUGCCCUGAUGGGAAAAAAUGAAAUAUUGGACAUAAACUUUUAAGUUUCCCCACUUUUCGCCAUUAAAUUAGUAAAUUAAACCUUUAAAUUAAAUUAUUUUCUAAAAUUCAGAAAUUACAAGCAUGUUUUUUUGUUCCGCGCAAACAUACCAAUUAACUGGGGGAAAUGAAUGUUUAAAAAAUAUACUACUCUGAAAUAGUUUGUUAAGCAAAUUUUUAAAUGUAAAUAUUAAAUUGUAAAUAACAGUAAGCCUCUAGCUAUGUUGCCUGUAUUUGAAUUAUGAUUAAAUAUUGUAUUAUGUAUUAAUUGUAUAGUAUGAAAUAAAAGUAUAUAUGCCACACAUAUAUAUUUUUACAUUUGUCACUUAGUUUUGAAGAAUACCGCCCACUCCCGAACAAUUAGUGGCGAAUGAAAAAUUUGACAUUAACUGUCAAUAUCUUACCCUAGGCUGUAUGGUAUUCUUUAUCCAAAAAAAUAUUUCAUUUUCAAAUUUAGCAAAAACUAAUAAAAACAUAAAUAUUUGAUAAUGCUUCGCGUUCACAUUCCUAAAUGUAUGUCCUGGUUUUUUUAAAAUAAAAUUACAGCUUUCUCUGUUGGUAUCAAAAUGCUAAAUCUAAAACCUUCGAGAAGACUAUCUCGAUAUCGUCAUUUAAUUCCUAUGCUUUAUGGACACCCAGCAUCUUAUUAUAUAGGGUUUCCCACGAAACAUGACAGUAGCAAGGCGACUAUAAGUUCGUCU